AUGACGAGCUCAUCGAUGCUUUUGAUCGUGGGCGAGGCCCUUCGGGAUGUCAGCGCUGAGCUGUUGAUGUUCGUCCUCGCAGCCUUGGUCUAUGUGCUGGCCACCCGGGCGCUUCAUGUACCGAAGAAGAAAGCAGGGCCUGAACCCGAAGCAAAAGCGAAGCGGGUGGUCGAGCGCAAGGUCGGACGGAAGGAGAUGGAGGAGACCGCCGAAGUCUACCACAGUCUUUUGCAGAGCACCAAGAGCAAUGAGGCAUCACAGGUUCUGAUCUCCCUGGAGCAGUUGGAUGCGUCACAGCGAGCGGCCUUGCCCCUGCAGCUGGCCGUCAAGGUGCUCUUGGCUGUGGCACGUUCUAGCGAGGAGGACGGCACAACAGCGCAAGUUUUGGCGGCACGCCUUCAGCAACUGUCCUUGCACUUGGACCUGCGCAGCUUCGAGGGAGCGGCGCAAGAGGCCUCGCGCUGGCGCAACGUCCACUGCUGCCGAAGGCUCUACGACUUGGCAGGUCUUUUGUCCGUGCAGAUGAGCGAGAAGUUCUUGGUGCUUUUGGUACGAGGCCACUCCAAUGAUCAUCCAGCCAUGCACUCGAUGGUGGAACAGAUCUUGGCCCAAGGCUCCUUGACGUUGAGCCGAUCCUUCUUGGACGCCUUGACAGCGCAGUGCACGUCGGCCAACAACCAAGACACCUUGAAGAUGAUCCAGGUGCACGAGAAUUCCUUGGGCAUUGACCUCCACCGCCAGGCACGACUCAUCAGCGGUUACGGAAAGGAGGGCAACUUGGAAGCGGCUCUGGAGGCCUUCCUGAAGGUGAAGAACUCGUCGACUCCGCCCAAUUCCCUGGUCUACAACUGCUUGUUGGACGCGCUGAUCGAGUGCAAGGCCUUCCCACGGGCCUUGGAUUGCUUCGAGGAGAUGCGAAAGAACUCCCUGGCGGACGUGGUCAGCUACAACACCAUUAUGAAAGGCCAUCUCGCAGUAAACGACACCAUGGCAGCCCAGAGAGUCUUCCAAGAGAUGCACCAAGCUGGCUUGGUGGCCAGCCGUGUGACCUACCACGCGCUGCUGAACGCGGUGGUGAGCAAGAAUGACCGUCGCUCUGCUUGGCGCAUGGUCACUGAGAUGAAAGGCAAAGGCAUUGGUGCCAGCACCAUCACUUGCAGCAUCCUCUUGAAGAGCAUUGUGGGGCGAGCACAUGGGCAAGAUCUCCCAAAGGUCCUCGCGCUCAUGCAGGAGUCUCAGGUCCAUAUGGAUGAGGCCCUCUUCGGCGGCUUCGCGGAUGCGUGCGCGCGCGCGAACCAGCUGGAGCUGCUGUGGUCGGUCUUCCAGGAACUUGUGAAGAAAGAGACGCCCUUGCAGAUCAGCGGCCCGACCUACGGGAGCAUGAUGAAAGCCUUUGGCCAAGCACAAGAGGUCCGGAAGGUGAAGGAGUUGUGGACACAGAUGGGCACUCAGAAGGUCAAGUUGACGGCGGUCACCUUGGGCUGCAUGGUGGAGGCCUUGGUGAGCAACAACCAUGUCUCCGAUGCUUGGAAGAUCGUCAAUGAGACCUGGGCCAAAGAGGAGAAUCAAGACUUGGUGAACACUGUGAUCUACUCCACCAUUGUCAAAGGCUUCACCAUGUCUCGGCAACAUGACCAGGUAGUCGCAAUCUACAAGGAGAUGAAGGAUAGGGGCAUUCCAUGCAACACCAUCACUUACAACACCAUGUUGAAUGCCCUGGCCCGUUGUGGGCGAAUGCACGAUGUUCCACAGUUGCUCGCCGACAUGCGUGACAGUAAUCCUCCAGUGCAGCCUGACAUCAUCACCUACUCCACAUUGGUGAAGGGCUGCUGCAUCGCUGGAGAUGUGGAUCGUGCCUUCUCGCUUUUGGAGGAGAUGAAGAAGAUGAGACACGUGAAACCAGACGAGGUGCUCUACAACAGCCUUUUGGAUGGCUGUGCCAAGCAAUCACGGGUGGAGGAGGCCUUGAAGCUUUUAGAGGAGAUGAAGGAGCAAGGCGUGACGCCAAGCAAUUAUACCUUGAGCAUCUUGUGCAAGCUCUUGGGUCGCGGAAGGCGCUUGGAGCAAGCCUUCAAGAUGGUUGCCACCUUCACCGAGCAGUAUGGCUUCAAAGCUAACAUCCAGGUCUACACUUGCUUGAUGCAAGCCUGUAUCCACAACCGCCAGUGCUCCAGGGUCUUGGCUUUGCACGACCAGGUGGUCAAGGAUGGCACCUGCAAGCCUGAUGCCAAGACGUACACGGUCAUGCUACGGGGCUGUUUGCAGGCCGGACUGCUGGAGAAGGCAGUCUCUGUGGUCCGUUGCGCUUAUCACCUGCCUGGCCAUGACCUCUGCCAGACCACUGGACCUGCUCCAGGGGUGGAACCCGCCUGCUUGGAGGAUCUGUUCAGCGCAUUGAGCUUCGAGCAGAGGGAGGCGCUGACGAAGGACCCACCGGCAUCGCGACGCCGUGGACGACAGGCCGCAUCAAGCCAGCCAUUGCAGGUUCCGGCCGAGGAGGAGCGAGAGAAUGGGGCAUCGCUCUUGACCUUCGGCAAGCACCGAGGGCGAAGCUUUGCGACCGUUUGCCAUGAAGACCCAGACUACUGUGCCUGGGCUAUGGCGCAGCCUCAGCCAUCACCGGCCAUGGCCGAGUUCGUGCGCUACUUGGACUCCUUGGGCCUCUCAGACGUCUUCGCAGCCAAGCGGAGGCGCCGCUCUGUCGCCACACCUGCCCGGAACACCGUGCAGCACGCUCCGUUGGAACGCCCCAAUCGCACGUCUUGGAUGACUUGGAUGACGCUGGAGGGCGCCAAUGGCCUUCAACAGCAGGCGCCACCGCCACGCGACUCGCCACCGCAGUGGGCGCCUGGCAUUCAUCCAGCUUACCUGGCGGCCGCGCAGGCGGCGCCAGCAGCACCGGCUGCAGCGGCACCGGCGGUGGCGCCAUCCGGCCAGUUUGGAGGAUGGAAGCAAGGAGUCCAGAUGGAGCAUGAGACCAGGUCCUUCCAGCCACGUGGUCACAAGAGAAGCCUCAGCCCUUGCUUCCAUGACAUUCGGCGCUGGGUGCGGAAAGUGCCCUUCAGCUGA